AUGACGACCACCUCUCCGCCCGCCUCUCCACCUACCUCCGCCCCGUCCGUGUCGGAGCCCACGGAGCCGUUCCCCUUCCUGGCCCUCCCCCUCGAACUCCGCGAGCAGAUCUACGAGCUCUACUUCCGGCCAGCAGACCGCCUGCACACGUCGUCGGAGCUGGAGAACUCGGGCUUCUAUGGGGGCGUGUAUAAAUUCGACCUCCGACUACUGCAGGUGGGGAAGCAGGUCAGCGCGGAGGCGCAACGGGUGUGGCGGAGGGAAGUGCGGAUGGUGAAGGUCGGCACACCGUGGCCGAGCGCAGUCAACCACAUCUCGUCCGAGGGCCUCGUCCCCAUCGUGUGCGCCGACAGCCGCGCCGACGCCUUCACCGCGCACCACGCGCUGAUCCAAAUCACCGCGCCCUUCCACCAAGCCGGCCCCGAACACGCCGUCAUUCUGCUGCUCGCCGACCUCCCCCUCUUCGCGCAGACCUGGCACUACUCGGCCCUCAGCUACCCCAUGCUCAACGACCGCCUCGCCACGGCCUUCACCCUGCGCGACCCCGACAUGGACCACAUCGACGAGGACACGCCGCCGCCGACCCCGCUCGCCCUGCAGCGCGCCAUCCUGCUCCCCUUCGGCUGCGUCAAGGGCCUGCACGCCCUGCGCACGACCAACUUCGCCCCCGCCGUCGCCGCCGAGCUGCGCGCCGCCAUGGCCGUGCCCGCCCCCACCCUGCACCAGGCCUGCGACUCCGCGACCGCGCUGCUGGCCGCCGGUGACGCCGCGCUGCCCGCCGACCCCCGCGCCGCGCUCGCCCUGUACACCCAGGCCUUCCACGCAAUCCACAUCAUCAUCGCAGGCCGCACGCGGCGCGUCCUCGCCGACCCGUUUUUCCACGCCCACAUCACCGCGGGGCCGUGGGCGGGGCACACGGGCAUGACGGUGCGCGUGAUCUUGCGUCUGCGCCUUGUCGCGCGCGUGCUGAGCGCGCAUCUGGCGCUGGGCGCGUGGGGCGAAGCCGCGUUCUGGGGGAUGCGCAGCGUGCGCAUCAUGGGCGACGCAAUGGACUCUGAAUUCGAGCAUUUCCUGGCGGAUCUCGUGGGCGGCGAGGACGUGGGGUGUGUGUUUGCGCGGGCGGGCGUGGCGAUGUGGAAGAUGAGAGAUGAAGGGGGGUGGGAGAAGGAGCUGCGGCUGUACGAGGGCGAGGCGCGGGCCGGUGUUGAGACGCUGCUGCGGGGGAGUCUGAAGCACUUGCGCAAGCCGGGCGGGCGCGAGCGCGUACGCGCUGAAGUCGAGCGGUGGGGGCUGCCGCGGGAGCUGGUCAGGAUCUUCGACGAGCCGGUGAGGGCGCGCAGCGACGGGAGCGAGGCGGUGAAUUUUGAUCCCACGGAACACCCGGCUGUGUGGUUCUGA